AUGGCUGGCGAUGGCGAGCAGCUCAAAGUUCUGACGGCGCUGGACCAGGCGAAGACGCAGUGGUACCAUUUCAUGGCCAUCGUGAUCGCCGGCAUGGGCUUCUUCACGGACGCCUACGACCUCUUCUGCAUCUCCCUCGUCUCCAAGCUGCUGGGGCGCAUCUACUACACGGAGCCCAACAGCCCCAGCCCCGGCACCCUGCCGCCCAACGUGUCCGCGGCCGUGAACGGCGUCGCACUCUGCGGCACGCUGGCCGGCCAGCUCUUCUUCGGCUGGCUCGGCGACAAGCUCGGCCGCAAGAGUGUGUACGGCUUCACGCUCAUCCUCAUGCCACACCCCAAGGGUGUCAUCUCCACGCUCUGCUUCUUCCGCUUCUGGCUCGGGUUCGGCGUCGGCGGCGACUACCCGCUGUCGGCGACCAUCAUGUCCGAGUACGCCAACAAGAAGACCCGCGGCGCCUUCAUCGCGGCCGUGUUCGCCAUGCAGGGCUUCGGCAUCCUCUUCGGCGCCAUCGUGGCGCUCGUGGUGUCCAGCGGCUUCCGGAACUCGUACCCGGCGCCGUCGUACCAGGACAACCCCGCGGCGUCGCUCGUCCCCGAUGCCGACUACGUGUGGCGGAUCAUCCUCAUGUUCGGCACCAUCCCGGCCGCGCUCACCUACUACUGGCGCAUGAAGAUGCCGGAGACGGCGCGGUACACGGCGCUCAUCGCGCGCAACGCCAAGCAGGCCGCAGCGGACAUGUCCAAGGUGCUCAACUCGGAGAUCGAGGAGGACCUGGACCGCGCCGAGCGCCAGGCCAGCAGCGGCAGCAACGAGUGGGGCCUCUUCUCGGCGCAGUUCGUGCGCCGGCACGGGCUCCACUUGCUGGGCACCACCAGCACGUGGUUCCUCCUGGACAUUGCCUUCUACAGCCAGAACCUGUUCCAGAAGGACAUCUUCUCCAAGGUCGGGUGGAUCCCGCCGGCCAAGACCAUGAACGCGGUCGAGGAGGUGUUCCGCAUCGCGCGCGCGCAGGCGCUCAUCGCGCUCUGCGGCACCAUCCCGGGCUACUGGUUCACCGUCUUCUUCAUAGACAUCAUCGGCCGCUUCGCCAUCCAGCUCAUGGGCUUCUUCAUGAUGACCGUCUUCAUGAUCGGCCUCGCCGCGCCGUACCACCACUGGACCACCGCCGGCCACCACACCGGAUUCGUCGUCAUGUACGGCUUCACCUUCUUCUUCGCAAACUUCGGGCCCAACAGCACCACCUUCAUCGUGCCGGCUGAGAUCUUCCCAGCGCGGCUGCGGUCCACGUGCCACGGCAUAUCGGCCGCGGCUGGCAAGGCCGGUGCCAUCAUCGGCGCGUUCGGGUUCCUGUACGCUGCGCAGGACCCGCACAAGCCGGAGGCCGGCUACUCGCCCGGCAUCGGCAUCCGCAAUGCGCUCUUCGUGCUAGCCGGCACCAACUUCCUUGGGAUGAUCAUGACGCUGCUGGUGCCAGAGUCCAAGGGAUUGUCACUUGAAGAGAUAUCCAAGGAGACCGUUGACGACGAGGAGGCGACCGCUUGA